AUGGGGGCAAAGGACUACAGAGAUUUAAAAUUCUACAACUACAUUCCUGUGAACAAGGAGCUGAAGAAAUCCUGCGUGCCUUGUCCAGAUACGGAAGAAUUGGAAGCGAAAUUAAAUGAGGAAUUCGAGGAACAGGUGAAAAAUGCAUUUCAAGGGAAUGUUCUCGACCGAAUUGAUGCGAAAAAUAUCAAUGCUGAUUUGAAGAGAGAUUUGCAAAAGAAAUUAAAUGUGUUAUCGAAAAAAACGGAUAAAGCUAUAAUCGAGCUAAUUAAAAGGAAAAUAAAUGAAGGUAAAAAUAGUACACAAGAAGACGCCCUUAACGAUAACAAUCAAAAUGAGGAGCAGGACCAGAACAUGGAAAAUUCCAACACGUUAAAUUUUAAUCAAAAUGGAAAUGACUCCAAUUAUGGUCACCUUUUACAGCAGGCCAUGGACAAAUUGGAUAUCAUGGAUGACUCCGAUUGA